CAGCCGGGGGGCGGCCCGGCGUCUCGGCCCCUGCCUCCGUGCCUACCAGGCUCGGCCCCAGGUGAUUUGAAGGGCAGAGGCUGAGAGGUUCGCAGCCCGGCCGCGGCGCUGCCCAGGAGUUCCCCGGCCCAGUCCAGAUCGCAGGCCGUGCUCGGCAGCCCGCGCAUCCUGCACGCGAAGAGCUGUCGCAGCUGGAAGGCCAGCCUGGGUGGACCCGGUUCAAGCCCCUGUGCCCGGGCGGGCAAGAUGGCCACGCCCCCAGCAGAUACGGCGCCUUUGGGACUCCGUCCGGGACAGAGGACCAGCUUUCUUCACGGACUCUACCACUCCCACCCCUUUGGCCCCACUCCACGACAACCACCUCCCCAUCUCCUCUUCUCUGGUCUCCCCCACGCCCACGCCCUCCCCCCCAGCAUCUUCCCCAGGCUCCCCCACUACCUCUUCCUGAGGUCCGGGCCCUCAGCUCACCAUGGGUGGUCCUCCCUUCAGGAAAGGGGGAGGAGGGACUAGGACCUGAAUUGCACAGCGGCUGCCUAGAUGGGCUUAGGAGCCUUUUUGAGGGAGCUCCCUGCCCCUAUCCUGGGGCUUUGAUGCCUUUCCAAGCCCCUGGAACUGCCCACCCUUCCCCUACCACGCCAUCAGGAGAUCCUAGUAUGGAGGAACACCUAGCUGUUAUGUAUGAGAGACUGAGACAAGAGCUUCCCAACCUCUUCCUUCACUCCCAUGACUACACUCUCUAUUCCUUGGAUGUGGAAUUCAUCAACGAGAUCCUGAACAUGCGUACCAAGGGCCGGACAUGGUACAUUCUGUCACUGACCCUCUGCCGUUUCCUGGCCUGGAACUAUUUUGCACAACUUCGUUUGGAGGUUUUACAGCUGACCCGCCACCCAGAGAACUGGACCCUGCAAGCCCGUUGGCGGCUUGUAGGGCUGCCCAUUCACCUGCUAUUUCUGCGUUUCUACAAGAGAGACAAAGAUGAGCUUUACCGGACCUAUGAUGCCUACUCCACCUUCUACCUGAAUUCCAGUGGCCUCAUUUGUCGCCAUCGCCUAGACAAACUGAUGCCUUCACACUCACCUCCAACUCCUGUGAAGAAGCUGCUAGUGGGAGCCCUGGUGGCCCUGGGGCUGUCAGAGCCAGAACCUGACUUACAGCUGUGUUCUAAGGCCUGAUCCUUGGCCUUGGAGUGGAAGCAGUAAUGAAAACUUUGCUACGCACAAGAGAAGGAAGUAGAGGUGGCCAAGAAUCUCAGGAGCCAGUUACCUCCCCUCCUCUCUCUCCUUCCUUUCCAUCUCAUGCUGUGUAAAGCUGCUGUGUAAUUUAACUUGUAAAUAAUAAAGUUUAAGUAACUAUAUGAG